AUUCCGCUCCUUCUCUCUGUGUAUCUCUAUAUAUACCUGUUCUCCUCCGCCCCGAACGUUCCCGAAUUCCGAUUCCGACUCCGACGCGUCCUCGUUUCGAUCUCGUCGUCGAUUUUCAUUCACUUCAUCGCAAAUUCGAACGCCGAUCCUGGAAGAUCGUCUCGGUCUCGACCUGUUGGAAGAAAACCCUCGAUCAAUUUGGCCGCAGAUCCUUGCGGCUUGCUCGUACUUCUGUUCCUGAGUCGGAACCCUAGAUCGCAUUCUCAUCGGUUCCGUCGAAUCGGUCUGCGUCUGUCUCGGUAUGGGUAGCAGUAGGGCCUUCCGAGGAGGCACCUCCGACCGUCCCUUCGUAUCCGCGUCGUUGCAGUCCUCUGCGCCUGGCCAGCAGCCGACAGAGACGACUUCGACGUCGGUCACUGAGACGGUGAACGGCUCGCACCACUUCAAGAUUUCCGGGUACUCGCUGAUCAAGGGGAUGGGGGUGGGAAAGUACGCGGCUUCGGACACGUUCAGGGCUGGGGGCUAUGACUGGGCCAUCUACUUCUACCCCGACGGGAAGAGCGAGGAGGACCGGGCGUCGUAUGUGUCCCUCUUCGUGGCGCUCGCCAGCGACGGGACAGAUGUGAGGGCGCUCUUCGAGCUCACGCUGCUGGACCAGAGCGGGAAGGAGCGGCACAAGAUUCAUACCCACUUUGGGAGGACGCUGGAGAGCGGCCCCUACACCCUUAAAUAUCGUGGAAGCAUGUGGGGAUAUAAGCGUUUCUUCAAAAGAACUGCUUUGGAGACCUCAGAUUACCUCAAGGAUGAUUGCCUAUUAGUUAAUUGUACUGUUGGUGUUGUUAGAUCUUUCACUGAAGGGCCCAAGAUUUAUACCAUACGAGUGCCACUGUCAAACAUAGCUCAGCAUUUUGGCCAGCUUCUUCAUAGUGAAGAGGCAACCGAUGUGAGUUUUGAAGUUGAUGAUGAGAUUUUCCAUGUUCAUAAGUUGGUAUUAGCAGCUCGAUCACCAGUAUUUAGGGCACAGCUUUUUGGUCCAAUGAAAGACAGUAACAUGCGCUGCUUAAAGGUAGAAGACAUGGAGGCUCUGGUAUUUAAGGCUUUACUUCAUUUCAUAUACUGGGAUUCACUACCUGACUUGGAAGAGGUUACCGGUCUUAACUCAAAGUGUGCUUCCACUCUAAUGACUCAGCAUUUGCUUGCUGCUGCAGACCGCUAUGCAGUAGAUAGGCUUAAACUACUCUGUGAAGCCAAGUUAUGUGAGGAUGUUACCAUAAAUACUGUGGCCACUACUCUGGCUCUGGCCGAGCAGCACCACUGUUUUCAGCUUAAGUCCGUUUGUCUUAAAUUCGUUGCUUCACCCGAGAAUUUGAGAGCUGUAAUGCAGACGGAGGGAUUUGAAUACUUGAAGGUCAGUUGCCCAUCUAUUCUGACUGAGCUUCUACGAUAUGUUGCUAAGAGGGGUAGAACUUCUGCAGCGUCCAGCGUCUACGCAGGUGACGAACUUGAUGGCACGGAUGCAUAUGGAAGGAGAGUGAGACCUCGGAAUAUUUGUUGAGGGUUCAUUGUUGGUUGCCUGUUAAAGUCCCUCUAAUUCUUUUCGAUGAACUUAUAAAUUCACAUCACUUGACAGUAUCUUUAUUAAUGAGAUCGCCUGAAAUUAUUUGCA